CAUACACAUCCCCACGUGUUUUGGUGGAAGAAACAGUCGUGUGUGCAUAAGCCGGGCUUUCUACCGAAAUCCAUCAGUAAAUAAUGUCAAAAUAUUUCAACGCCAUUUGAGACGAAGAUGAAGUUUGCGUACAAGUUUUCCAACUUACUGGGUGCUGUUUAUCGGCACGGGAAUCUGACGUUCUCCAAAGAUGGCAAUUCAGUCAUCAGUCCAGUUGGGAACCGCGUCUCGUUGUUUGACCUCAAGAAUAACAAGUCUGAGACAUUACCAGUGAGCACCAGUAAGAAUAUCACCUGCGUGGGGCUCUCCCCUGAUGGAAACACGGCCAUACUUGUUGACGAAGAUGGAGCAGCCGUAUUGAUCAGCUUGUUAACCCGAGCUGUACUUCACCAUUAUCACUUUCACAAGCCAGUCAACAGCAUCCGCUUCUCUCCUGAUGGCAAGAAGUUUGUGGUUACUAAAGAAAAUGUCGCUCUGAUGUACCACGCACCAGGAAAGAACCGAGCCUUUAACGCGUUCGUUCUGGAUAAAAGUUAUUACGGACCCUUUGAUGAGACGACCUGCAUCGACUGGACUGAUGAUUCCAAGUGCUUUGCAGUGGGGAGUAAAGACAUGACUACAUGGAUAUUUGGAGCGGAGCGAUGGGCGAAUCUGAUCUACUACUCUAUAGGAGGCCAUAAGGACGUCAUCGUGGGGUGCUUCUUUGAGAAGGACAGUCUGGAUUUGUACACGGUGAGUCAGGAUGGCACUCUGUGUGCGUGGGAAAGCAACACCGAGCUCGAUGGCUUAUGCAAGGGACCCAAAUACUCCGAGCGCAAGAAGAUGGAGGAGGAACGAAAGAGACGCGAGAACGACGAAUCCAAAGAAGAAGAGGAUGAUGAGAUCGUGGAACUGGAUGAAGACGGCCAGCCAAAGGGAGACGUGAUAAAAGGCAGUGCGGACGCUCCAAAAGAGGUGGAGGGCAUCAAAAAUGUCCGGUACAAGCAGAAAAGCAAACACUUUUUCAACAAAGAGGGCGACUACAACAACCUGACAGCAGCAGCGUUUCACAAGGACACACACAUUCUGGUGACGGGUUUUGCCUCGGGAGCUUUUCACCUCCAUGAGCUGCCUGACUUCGACCUUAUUCACUCACUCAGCAUUUCAGAUCAGAGGAUAUCCGCGAUAGCCAUGAACCCCACCGGAGACUGGAUUGGCUUUGGCUGCUCAGGUCUUGGACAGCUGCUGGUUUGGGAAUGGCAGAGCGAAUCCUAUGUGUUUAAGCAGCAAGGUCACUUCAACAACAUGGCGUCUCUGGCGUACUCUCCUGAUGGACAGUAUCUGGUCACCGGAGGGGAUGAUGGCAAGGUGAAAGUGUGGAACACCACGAGCGGCCUGUGCUUCGUCACGUUCACGGAGCACACGAGCGGCGUAACCGGGGUCACCUUUACUACCAGUGGCUUCGUGGUGGUUAGCGCAUCUCUGGAUGGCACCGUCCGAGCUUUCGAUCUGCACAGGUACCGUAACUUCAGGACGCUAACUUCUCCACGGCCAAAGCAGUUCUCCUCACUGGCGGUGGAUGUGAGCGGGGAACUUGUGUGUGCUGGAGCUCAGGACUCGUUCGAAAUCUUCCUGUGGUCCAUGCAGACUGGACGCCUUCUAGAGGUGCUGAGCGGUCAUGAGGGGCCCGUGAGCAGUUUGUGCUUUAGCCCCGUACAGUCUGUGCUGGCCAGCGUCUCCUGGGACAAAACAGUCCGAUUGUGGGACAUGAAGGACAGCUGGCAGACUAGAGAAAUCCUGCGACUCACAUCUGAUGGUCUGGGAGUGACGUAUCGUCCUGACGGUCAGGAGUUGGCCGUGGCCUCUCUGGAUGGUGAGAUCACGUUCUGGAAUCCUCAGACAGCGGCUCAGGCCGGCUCCAUCGCCGGCCGCCAUGACCUGCAGAUGGGUCGCAAAGAGACCGACAAGAUCACGGCGAAGCAAUCUGCCAAGGCCAAGGCCUUCACUUCGCUAUGUUACUCUGCCGAUGGCGAGUCCAUAUUGGCUGGUGGCCACUCAAAGUUUGUUUGCAUUUACAACAUCAAGGAGCAGAUCCUCAUGAAAAAGUUUGAAAUCUCCUGCAAUAUGUCUCUGGAUGCCAUGGAGGAGUUCCUGGACAGACGUAAGAUGACGGAGUUUGGUAGUUUGGCACUAGUGGAUGAAGGAACAGGAGACGGGGACGGAGUUAGACUCAGCCUUCCUGGAGUGAAGAAAGGUGACAUGAGCUCACGCCACUUUAAGCCAGAGAUUCGCGUCACCUCUCUUCGCUUCUCCCCCACUGGACGCAGCUGGGCGGCAGCCUCCACCGAAGGUCUGCUCAUUUACUCCCUGGACGCCCCGCUGGUUUUUGACCCCUAUGACCUGGACAUGGACGUGACGCCAACCAGCAUCCGACGUCAGCUCAGGAAGAAGGAAUGGACAUCAGCGAUAGUGCUCGCGUUCCGCCUGAAUGAGACCGCUCUCAUUACAGAAGUGCUGGAAACGGUGCCUUACGACCAGAUUGAAGUGAUCUCCAGCUCGCUGCCAGACGUGUAUGUGGAGAAGCUGUUGGACUUUGUGGCCUCCUCUCUGGAGAAAUCCCGACACCUGCAUUUUUACCUCACCUGGGUGCAGAACCUCCUCACCUUACACGGGCAGAAGCUUAAGAACAAGUCAUCAGCGAUACUCCCCACAAUACAGCAGCUGAUAAAAAGCAGCCAGAAACACCAUGAUGACCUCUCCAAACUCUGUGACUGGAACAUGUACACUAUUCGCUACACCAUGGCUCUGUCCAAACAGAGAGGGACGAAGAGGACGGCACCAGAUUCCCUUUUUGAGGAAGAGGAGGCAUCUUCAGAGGUCAUGGGUUCCGAAGAUGAAGAGGAGGAUAUGAUGACCGAGUCACUCUUAGUGGAGAACUGACCAGGACAAUAGACAAAUCAUUUAAACCAAGAACUGCAUGGCAAGCUGGAUUGGACCAGUUUAAAGAACGGAGCCGCCUCUUUAGUUUCAUGUACACUGUAUGAAUAAUUUAUCAUCUUUUAUAUGUUUUGAUAACAGCAUUGAUUUACCAUCAGUAGUUUUAUACGGCUCAUGUUUGUGUGUAUAAAAUGAUUAAAACUGCAUAAAUAUCUUUUUA